AUUUUGUUUAAUACUAUACUCUUUCAUCUACGUAUUCAGUAUUUUUUGACCUCAAAGACGCAAGCGACUGAGAUUUAAUAUCCACGAAUACUCCUUCAGCGAUGUUAAAUGGAAAAUUUUAUCAGCGUUCGUGUAUAAAAAUUUCAUGUUAUUCAUGUAUAAGGGGUAUAUAAUAUACACUUAUAACAGGGGGGGGGGGCGCGCUAAAAUACUCGAUUCAAUACUUGGAUCGUGCAACACCCGAUGAUAAACUUUGCAAAAUUAAUAUCUACUUUACCAAGGUAGUGAAUAUUAGCGUAGAAAGAUUAGGGAAUGGAAACGUAGAAUCUAAGCACUCAAAGGGAGAGACUGUAUUAUACUUUUUAUAAUUUUGUAUGAAUGAAAAAGAAAAACGUGUUCCAUUUGUUGGACAAAAAAAGAAGAAAACUGGACUUAACGACAUCUUCCAGUGACUUUUAUUCCUACGCCCGUUUAUCAGAUGGAUAAUGAUCGGAGAGUGCGUGAAAGUGCUAUUGAGUUAAAUAAGACUUUUAGAACUGACAAACCUCCGAAUUGAAAUUUAUAUCGACUAUGAUCCCAACCGUUUCAAAGGUUUGUCACGGAAACUUAGACUAAGUUAAUUUAGUAAAUUUCAGCGAAUAAUUAUACACAUUUAAGACUUUUAUAUAUUCAAUCAAAUAUAAUAUACAUCAUGUUUUUUGUAUAUUACGACUAAUUAUUUCCUUUUUCGUAAAAAAAAAGAAAAAAAAACGUUGCAACGUACCAAACAUCCGCUAUAUGAUUUGCAAAGAAAUAUUAUUUUACAUAUUUACUAAUUUAUUUGUGAUAAAUAUUUUUAAUUAAUUCAUAAACUAAAUAAAAUUAAAAAAAUUUUAUAAUUUUUAUACAUUUUAUAACACUGAUCAACAUUUGAGUGUUUCUAUAUUGUGUAUUUUAAAAAGUUGUAAUUUGAAUUUUUUUACUUCAAAAAACUUUCUUUUUUUCAAUAACAAAUGAUUUGUUACGUGUAAGAUUAGUAAAUUAUCGUUUUAUUUUUCAUCUGCAACAAAUAAAUGUUCAAACGUGUAUUACUAACUUUUAUGCUUUUUUAUAUUAUGUUUUAUUUAUAUUAUGAAAUCAUGACAUGCGUAUAUCAGUAUCAUCAGACAUUGAUCGUUUCAGUCUUCGUAUUUGCCGUUAGAUAACAGUUAAUAUGACGUCAGAAUAUCGAAUAAUUUAGUUGGGAGGGAAAAAGUAUUAUGCAAAUCAUGAUAGCGAUUAAAAUUCAUAUAUCAUGAAGAGAUAACGUAAGCAAAAUGUACUCCGGGAUAUCUCCAGUUUGAUCUAUGUCAAAACUAUUACAAACCGGAUACAUAAAUGCUGUAUAUAAUCCUGUAGUCUGUAAAAUAUGUAUUUAUUCUCAUUGUUAGAUGAAGUUUAAACAUUUAUCAAAUUUAUUCAAAUUUAUAAAUAUUGCAUUAAUACAACAUUUACAUACGUAUUUUUUCUGUCUUUCAGCUAUAAAAAGAAUUGUUUCAAGCAUAAAUUGAUUAGUGUUAAAAAAUUUUUCAGAAAAAAAUAUCUGAAACAACACAUAGAACGUUGAUAAUCUCAUUUUUAUCUCUUAUUACAUUGUAGACAAUAUGAUCAAUAUAAUGAUCAUAAUUUCUGUAAUUACUGAUAUGCAACAAAAUAAUAUAUCAUUAUUGUUCUCAUUAAAAACUAUAGUUUAAUAUGUUCUCAUCUGUCUAUGCCCUACAUAGAAUUACCGACAUGAACAAAUAGUUCCACGAUAGAAGUUCGUAAAGGAUGGCUAUGAAAUUUGUUACGCUUGCGAUUUUUCAGUUCGCGAUUUCGGAUUGUUACGCCGUAAGCGGGAUAAUUUGGCACAAGCAACAACAGAAAUUCGUGCAGUUAUUUAGCAUUCCGCAAUUCAACGCUCUUCACAAAGAAUAUCUGGAGAGACGCCGAGCAUUAGAGAUGCAGGAUAUGAGUGGAAUAGUAGUGAAAGCUGUGUAUUAUGAAGUGCGAACACGUGAUUUCUAAAAGAUACUUUCAGCUUUUUCUUCCGCAAGAUAUUGCAUAUUUAUGAACUCUACUCAGCAAUGAAGCAUUAUGUUCCUUUCAUUGUCGAAAUAUUAUUAAGUUGAUAGAACUGCAUAAUGCAUAAUUUUUAUGUCUGCUGAUGCAUUAUACAGUUCCCUGUCAUUUGAAGUGUUAUAAAAUCAUUAUAUUGGUAAUAAUGAUGAAUCACUUGCAUGAUAACAUACAGAGUAAAAUAUAAACGAUGAACAAACAAAUAAUAGCGUUUGUUUUUAAUUAAUAAAAUUCAAAAGCGACGAAAAUUGACUGUUUUAGCUGUGUAUUGAAUUAUGAAAUUAAAAGAAAAAAAUCAUAAACGCAGAAAAAUUUGAAAGUAAUUGUAAAAAAGAAAUAAAAAGAAAGAAGUUUUAUUACUAAACUAUCCGAUAUCUCGGAAGAUGCUAUCGUCUUUUUAAUGUGACUGUUUUUAACGUAAUUGAUGUAAAAAAGCAAGCUACGAAAUAAUGCAUUCCCCUCAUAAUAAACACAUAAAUAAUGCAUGCUAGUGUGCAGCGCUUAAUGCAUGAACAUAGCAUGCAUCAGAGCAGCGUGCAAGUUAAUCAUCUAUGAAAUCAUGCAUUAUGUGAUUUUAGUUUUUUUUAUUGUACUUGUAAUAAUGUUGAAUAAUAAUGGACAAUAAUCAUGACAAUUAUGUAUACUUAUAGGAAUACAAUAUGAUAAUGUUUUACGACAAUAAUACGAAAGUCAAUGGUGUUUACGGCGAGUUGUGGAGUCUUCUCGCGGAUUAUCUCAAUUUUACGUACGUUACAAGGAAUAGUUUUCUUUCCGUGAUUAUAUAUUGAAACGAUAAAAAAUUUAUUUUUCUAAUAGCGCAUAUAUAUUUGAAAUUUUACACUUGUUCACUUUGCGCGCAAUGCGGUUUGUACAGCAUAAGUCAAAGUAUUACGUUAUUUAGAUUCAUCCCAAUAAAAACUAAUAUUCGAGAUUUCGGUGAGAGGCUGGAAAAUGGUAGUCGAAGUGGUUUAUCUGGCAUACUCCAGCGAGAUGAAGCGCAGGCAAUCAUGAGAAGUGGAUUUUAUCCAGAUCGUUUAGACCUCGUAGAUUAUACUACGCCUUUUUGGAAAAGCACGUUUCACCUUUAUGUUCGACCGGAAUGGUUGUUCAGUAAUACGUGGAUAUUCACGUUAUUUUCAUGGCAAUCAUGGUAUUAUACAGUGUUUUUGUUUAUCAUUUUAAGUUGUUUUGGCUAUUUUCUGCAAAAAAUACCGACGGACAAACCCAAACACAAAAGAAAAGGCUCUGUAGAUUUUAAUCUAGGCGAUCAUUUUUUUUAUACGUUCACUAUAAUGAGCGCGCGAGGUGAUCCACCUGAAGCUUUUUACAACAAGUUUAAAAUCUUAUCAAUCUCAAAGAGUAUAUUCGCAUGGUUAAUAUUGUCAGCCUUUAGUUCUAAUCUUAUAUAUCGUAUGACCAAUAGAGAAUUGAUCCUGCCAUUUCAUGAUAUAGAUUCUCUUAUUAACAAUACAAAGUACGUCUUAUUGGUGUUUCGUGGCACAUCACUUUACAAAACUCUUAAAAAAACUUAUAAAGCCUGGAUCAGCAAUGAUUCAUCUUCACGUAUAGAAUUUAUAGAAAUCGUGGAGGAUAUGCAUAACAAAAUUUGCAACAAUAUGCAAAAAUAUGCGAUGUAUGAGGUCGAAGACCGAUAUAUGGCAAUGAACAGAAAUGGUUGUCCGCUCCGAGCCAUGAGUAAUUACAACGAGACCUGGAUAACGUUCAUACUUCAGAAGAACUUUCGUUACAGAAAGACCUUCAAUUACGCACUCCUCAAAUUCAGAGAAGUCGGACUGUUGGAUGGUGUUAGGGAUCGUUGGUUUAAUACCAAAGUCGAGAAUCCAAAUCGUAAAUUGUUCAAGAUGAUUGAUUUUAAUCAAGUCUAUUUGAUUUUUCUAUUACUGUAUUUUGGAAUAUUAAUAUCAUUUAUAAUACUCAUUUUAGAAAAGAUUACAUACUAUUACAAAGUAAAAAAUACUCGGCAAUAUAGAUGCAAAUAAGCAUUUCAGAAAUAUGACCAAAAAUAUGACCAAAAUUCAAAUUUUUAAUUAUUUUUAAAAAUUAUAAUAAUUUCUUUGUUCUAAAUAAACUUUACCCUAUGCCUCUUCAUAAUUUAUUUCUUUUGUUCUUUUUCAUAAUUUCUUAACAUUUACAAUAUUUAGUUAAAAAUUAACAUUACAUGUAAAAUAUGUAGAACAUGCAAUCAUCAAUUGUAUUUGUACCGAAAAUCACGAUAAAGUUGAUUUUAAUCGCUUCAACGUUCGCAUUAGUUUAAUGAAAUGUACCAUGAAAGCAUAUAGUGAUUCGAAGCGUGAUGGCACUUUGCAUUAUAGCGAUGACAACUAAAAUUGAUUAUUCACGAGUAAUGAUGUAAACGUAACGCAAAAUCCGAUGUGGGAUAUUUCUUGCGAUUUAAUAGGUUUGAGAGACAAAUGUAUAGACUGUAUAUUUUUACAGUGAAUUUAUUUUAUUAUUAUUAUUUAUUUUAUUCUUGUUAGAUUUAAAAUAUAUUUGAAAUAAAUAUACUUUUUAUGUAUUUAUUUAUACUCAGAAGAAUAUAAAUAACAAUUUAAAAAAUAAUAUGUAAUUUAAGGACACGAUUUAAAGCAAGAUCUUACCCAAAGAAAUAUUUGACACACAUGUCUAUUUUCAUCUAAUCAUAGAAAUCAUAGGAAAGUGUUUUUCUUAAAUAUAGAUCAUAAAUGAUAUGUUAACAGAUAUGUAAUAAAAAUUUCGAUUUAUGUUAUUCAAUAAGCAACAAUCCUGCAAAUUUUUAAAACAUUAAAGAACAUCCAUAUAAGACCAUUACCUUUGAUACAUUCUAUAUUUUACCAUUUCGUUUGAACCAAUGAACGUGAUUUCAGAAAUGUAUUCUGUAUUAUAUAUCGAUCUCAACGGACAUGUCAUAUGACGGUACAUACCUAAAUAGUAGUCAGUUAAUAAAAUUGUAAUUUAGUUUUGUAACAUACAAUAUUCGACACAUGCAAUUUGACAUACGAAAAAAUUUAUGACGUACUUGAGCACACGUCACAAAUUACGUGAUGUCAUAGCAAUUAUUGUAAUGGUACUCACUUAAAAAGGACCCAAAUUAGGGGUCGAAACAUAGCGUUUAUUGAAUAAAACUAGCCAGUAAGGUCGUUUAAUUUUUAUAGUUGGUUGAAAAAUACAUGUUUACGAUACAUAAACUAUAUUUAUAUAUUAUGAACUAUAAAAUGUAUCGUUUUUCCAUAAAAAUAUAUUAAGGUUUAAUUUUUUUUUGUUAGCUCAAAAAUGUUAAUUUUUUACUUAUAUCACUUUUUUAUCAAUACAGUUAUAUAGUGGAAAGCUAUUUGGAGAUGCAAAAAGAAUGAAACGCUUGACCAUAGCAUCAACAAUUGAGAACAUGCAUAAAAUGGCAUGUUCCUCAAAACAAAAGAAAUAUGUUAUAUAUCAAUCCAAAGACACGCAUAAAAUAAAUGGAAGUUAUAUGUCAUUUUACUAAUAUUGGAAAACCUUUUGCUCAAAUAUGGAUAACUUCUGGCAUUGUGAGAAAUUUUAAAUACAAAAGAACCAUCAAUCUUGGGUACAAAAAUAUCUGUAUAUGAUAAAAUAUUUUAAAUAGAUUAUUUUGUAAAUUGUUAUUUUGGAAAUCAGCAGUGUAUAAAGCUCUUUAAAACCUAUUUAAACUGUAUAUGUUUUUUCUCCAUCAAAAUUUUACUUAAUUUAUACAUGGAAUAUAUCUCUGUAAUUAAAACAAAAACAAUUUGAAUUUAAAAGAUUAUUAUAUAUUAUUAUUAUUAUUUUUAUUGCAAUUGGAUUUCAGUUUUUUAGAGCAUUUUGAUAAUUCUAAAUUGAUAAUUGAUAAUUUCUAAAAAAAAAAAA